UGAAUAUCUAAUGUUUUCGAAGUUGCCUAAUAACAAAAUUAUUUUUUUAUCAUCCAAAAUGAAUUUUUGCAAGUGGAUCGACGAAGAAAGUGAAGAAGAAGUGUUCGGCGGUGAAAGUGAAGAUGAUGAUGAUGAUCAGAUAGAAAUAAGCGAUCAUGAUUCUGAAUCUGAAGAAGAUGUUGAUGAAGACAAUAAUUAUGAUACAAAUGUUCAAUCGGAUGCUACAAAAUAUUGUAGCAAGGACCAAAAAAUAAUUUGGUAUGCCAACCCACCUGCUAAAACUAAAACGAAAAAACAUAACAUUUAUCGUAAUAAGCCGGGUCCAACAAAAAUUUCAAUCACCGCUGAAACAGUGUUAGAAUCGUUCAAUAUGUUUAUCAGUGAUGAAAUGAUUCAGAUGAUAACAAAUUUCACCAAUAUCUACAUCGAAAAAAUCAAAAAUAACUUUGGUAGAGAACGAGAUGCAAAGUCGACUGAUACCUGUGAAAUAAAAUCUUUGAUCGGCCUAUUAUAUUUCAUUGGUGUUUAUAAAUCUGGUCGACAGAAUAUCAAGGAUUUGUGGAAAACGGACGGAACAGGAAUCGAUAUGAAGAAAGAAAAAAAAAACGACAAACUAGCAGCAAUUCGUACAUUUUUUGAUUUAUUUGUCCAGAACUGUAAAAAAACGAUAAUCCCAGGUCCAUAUCUUACUAUUGAUGAGCAAUUGGUGGCCUUUCGUGGCCGAUGUUCAUUCCGGCAGUAUAUUCCAUCAAAGCCUGCCCGAUAUGGCAUCAAAAUAUUUUCUUUGGUAGAUUCAGAAACAAUGUAUACUCUCAAUAUGGAGAUCUAUUGUGGCAAACAACCGGAUGGCGAAUAUAAUGUUUCUAAUUCACCGUUAGAACUUGUCCCAAGAUUAUGUGAAGUGAUCAAAGGUACCGGUCGAAAUCUAACAAUGGAUAAUUGGUUCACUAGUUAUCCUUUAGCCAUAUAUCUCAAAAAAGAAAUGAACAUUACAAUGAUGGGUACUAUUCGACGAAAUAAAAAGGAAUUACCGCCAGAAUUGAUUAUUUCUAAAGGCAGAGAAGAAAAAAGCAGCAAAUUCGCCUUUACUGAAGACUGCACUCUUGUUUCGUUUAUACCCAAAAAGAACAAAAUGGUAUUACUAUUAUCGACAACGCAUGAUGAUGAAAGCAUCGAUGAAAAAACGCAAAAACCAAGCGUUGUGGUCGACUACAAUAAUACGAAAUUUGGAGUAGAUAUUGUUGACCAAAUGUGUGGUUUUUAUAAUACUUCAAGAAACAGCCGGAGGUGGCCGUUGACCAUUUUUUUCAACAUUUUGAAUAUUGCUGGUAUAAAUUCGAUGAUUUUAUAUCGAAUGAAUAAAAAAGAAAAAAUCAUUCGCAAACAUUUUUUACAAGAGUUAGCUCUCAAGUUUAUUCGACCAGAAAUUGAAAGACGAAUCCAAAAACAUGAAUUACCGAGACAGAUAAGAAUAAAGUGCAAUUUCAUUUUGCAAUAUGAAAAUGAACAACCGAGCAAUCAACAACCACAACGAAUCGGAACCGGACGUUGCUAUAUCUGUCCGAGGAAUUUAGACAAAAAAACUAAAUAUAUUUGCGAUGUAUGUUAUAAAUGGGUAUGUAAAGGACAUGUUGUAAGCCAAACAUAUUGCGAAAAUUGUUAUAGUACUGAUGAAAAAAUGGAAUCAGAAUAA